AAAGGGAGGGGAGAAGAGAAAAGGAGGCAGGGUCGUGGGGGGUGAUCAGGGCCCCUACUGAUGUGGGUGUGGAGAGAGGGAAGAAGGAAGGAUUCUUGCGGCAGACAGCAGAAGGUUGCCCGGAGUCCAGACUGGAGUAGAGAGUUCAGCUUUAUUACUCUGUAUAGUUGACACAAAAUCCAAAGAUGGCUGCUAAUAAGCCUAAAGGCCAGAAUUCCUUGGCACUGCACAAAGUCAUCAUGGUAGGAAGCGGUGGAGUGGGAAAAUCAGCUUUAACACUCCAAUUUAUGUAUGAUGAGUUUGUGGAAGACUAUGAACCAACUAAAGCUGACAGCUAUCGGAAGAAGGUUGUACUCGAUGGAGUGGAGGUCCAGAUCGAUAUCCUGGAUACAGCUGGUCAGGAGGACUAUGCGGCAAUCAGAGACAAUUACUUCCGAAGUGGAGAGGGAUUCCUCUGUGUCUUCUCUAUCACAGAGCAGGAAUCCUUUGCUGCUACAGCAGAUUUCAGAGAACAAAUAUUACGAGUAAAGGAGGAUGAAAAUGUACCUUUUCUGCUGGUUGGCAACAAAUCAGAUUUGGAGGAUAAACGUCAAGUCUCUGUGGAAGAAGCAAAAAGCCGGGCCGAUCAGUGGAACGUUAACUACGUAGAAACCUCUGCAAAGACACGAGCCAAUGUUGAUAAGGUAUUCUUCGAUUUAAUGAGGGAAAUUCGAGCCCGCAAGAUGGAAGACAGCAAAGAAAAGAAUGGAAAGAAGAAGAGAAAAAGCCUUGCCAAGAGGAUAAGGGAAAGAUGUUGCAUUUUAUAAUGAAAACUUGCAAACCACCACUACUUCUUUUUGUCUAUACUGUUAAGAACCAUAAAAUACUAGCAUGUCCCGUGCAGCACAGGUGACUGGUUGUUCUUUUACAAUUUGGAGACAUUAACACUUUAAAAGCAUGAUUUGGGAAACUUCAAGGCACUGACAUUUGACGUCAUGAACAACAACAACUACAAAUACAAUUUUUUUUUUUUUUUUUUUUUUUUUACCAUCUGCAAACAAAAUUAAUUUCCAAUCACAUGUACUUAUUUGUACAAUAUUCCUGAAUGUACACAUCGUGAAAGGUGGCAAUAGUCUGUGUAUAUUCAAACAGGGGGCUCUUCUACUUUUGUUUUUAACUACAACCCUUACCUCUAUUGUCUGUUUCUAAUUUCGGGUAUGACAGAGAUACCCAUUAUCUUAUACUUAUGUUUCUGAAGUAAAUACAACCUAAUAGACUUAAUGUUGCAGACAUUUUGUUAGGAAGUUUUCGUUUAUACAUUUCAUCCUAUCCAGGGUACUUGAUGAUCAAGACAACCAUAGUUCUCAUUGUACCUGGAAAUGUCUCAAUAUGCCUUAAUGGGGUAAAAAUAGAAAAACUUAAAAUACUCUUCUGGGCUGUUUCAUGUGGAAGGUUGUAAAUGAAAA